UUCAUCAUCAUCUCCCUUAUUUCUCACUAAAAUUUCAAUCAAUAAAUCAAACAUUUUAGACUCAUCUCUCUUGUCUCUUCACAACAUCUCAUUAAUUUCCUCGCUUUUAGUUAAGAAUAAACUCUUUUUGGAUCAAAAUUAAACUCUGAUUUACGUAAUGGCGGAUAACAAUAAAGAAGAAGCUCAAUUGACAACCGCCGCAAACCAUCGCCGCCACGGGCACAACCGCACCACAAGAUGCUGUUGGUGCUGCUUCAGCCUCAUAUGGUACCUCCUAAUCACCAUCAUCAUCCUCGUACUCCUCAUAAUCCUCGUACUCUACAUCCUCCUCCAACCACGCUCCUUCACCUUCCACGUCACCCAAGCCAACCUCACCACAUUCAACUACCUUAACAACACCACCGUGUUAAACUACAACCUCGUACUCAACUUCACCGUCCACAACCCCAACCACAAGCUUUCCAUCUACUUCGACGAAGCGCGUGGCCACGCGCUCUAUCAAGAGACAGAGUUUGCCGCCGCCACGCCCUUGACGGCGCCAUGGUUCUCUUACCUUCUUUACACAAAGGAAAGGGUUCCCAUGAGCGUUGUCUUCUCCGGGAACAAGCUUGUGGCGCUUGAUGUUGAUGAUUUUGAAGGGGACAAUAAGAGGGGUAUUUUUGGAAUUGAUGUGAAGAUUUAUUUUUUGAUAAGGUUUAGAAUUGGUGAUUAUAUAGGUAAUAAUUUGAUUAAUAAAUCUAGGGCUAAGUGUGGGAUUAAGGUUCCUUUCAAUUAUAAUAAUAAGAAUGGGAAAAUGAUGGUGUUUAAGCCUGCAAAGUGUGACGUUGAUUUCUGAGAAUUUUACAUGAUUCGUUUCUAUUUCUUCUUUUGAUGUUUAAGGUUGUAACUUUUAU